AUUUGAUUUGAUUUGAUUUGUAUGUAUAAUAAAAGAGUUUUUUUAAUUUUUCUAAUAGACCGCAUAAAAUUAGGGUUCUGGUAAUAUUAUCCCGCCGCCAUUUGUUAGAGAUCUUUCCCAUGGAGAAUUUGUGGAGAGAAGUGAGGGAGUUGAGCUUGGGUUCCGAAAUCGAUCGCCUUCAUUCUCCGCCCUCUCCGCUACACUUUCUCCGAGAUUACGUCUCUCAGAGCAAGCCUUGCGUAAUCUCCAACGCAAUUUCUCACUGGCCGGCUCUAAAACUCUGGUCUGAUCCUGCUUACCUCGCCGGAGCUUUGUCUAAUGAUCUUGUCUCACUGCAUCUCACUCCUAACGGCUGCGCCGACGCCGUCACUCCGGUUAGUGACGAUACGAGCGCCGGAGAUCUCUGUUUCGCUUCGGCUCACGUGGAGAAAGUUCCGUUCCCGGAAGCUCUUCAGGCCGUUCGAUCCUCGUCGUCUCAGGGGGAGAACGUUGGAUAUUUACAACAGCAAAACGAUUGCUUUAGAACCGAGUAUUCAACUGUUGCUUCGGAUUGCGACGGAGACAUCGCGUGGGCUACGGAGGCGCUGGGUUGUUCGCCGGAAGCUGUUAACCUUUGGAUAGGCACUGAUCUCUCCGUUACUUCUUUCCACAAAGACCACUACGAGAAUCUUUACGCCGUCGUUUCAGGGGAGAAACAUUUCCUUCUCCUUCCUCCCACCGAUGUACACCGCCUCUAUGUUCAACGAUAUCCAGCAGCCAACUACUCUUACCAUCGAGAUACUGAAACGUUCAAGCUUGAGAUUGAGCAGCCAGUGAGGCAUGUGCCAUGGUGCAGUGUUGAUCCAUACCCUUCGCCAGAGAGGGAAGCAAGUGAGCGAUUGAAAUAUCCAUUCUUCUUUGAUGGCCCAGAGCCGUUUCACUGUACUCUCAAGGCUGGGGAGAUUCUGUACCUGCCAAGCAUGUGGUUUCACCAUGUUAGUCAAACCCCAGGAGAGGGUGGCUAUACAAUUGCGGUCAACUAUUGUAAGAGUAUUUGUAUUUUGCUUCUAUCCUCUGGUAUGACAUGCAGUUCGACAUCAAGUAUGCUUAUUUCAACUUCUUACAAUCAGUGUCAUAUGAGUCAUCUUCACUCAGUCCAAUUCUUUCUUGGAGAGAAGAUGAAGAUUCGGAAUCUGGUGAUGGAGAGGAAGGAUGGGUUGGUGAAAGAUGCAGAAAAGUUUUAGCUGCUCCAACGCUAUGGCCGCCAGUUAUAUGCAGAAUGGGUUUCACGUCGAGGCCAUUAAGCUUCUCUAUCAGAUGAAAGUGGCCGGCAUCGAAGUGUAUAACAGACUCGUGAACGAGGUGAAAGACCACUAGCUGUUCUAGCUAGAUGAUGAACCUGAUAGUCAAGACUCUGUUGUGCUUAAGGCAUGUAAAUGUUGAUGUGUUUACACACACACACACACGCA